CACCGGCCUGCGGAUUUGCCUCCUCGACACCCCUAUCUUUUUACGAUGCUUUGCGAAAAAUGCUUAAACAUAACCCUUCGGCGUUUAGAGGAAGACCCGGAUAUACUGGUGUACAGUCACUAUGCGACACUUGGUCUUGUACAUGAUUCUGCGAAGCAUUGCGAUCUGUGCCGAUGUAUCAGUAAAGCAUGUAUGGUUUCUUGGUUUCUCCCGCCUACCAUGUUCGACAAUCGGCAGUCUCGCUACAGCGAGGAACAGAUCGCCUGUGCAAUGCAGCAGCAAGCUAGCUUUGGGCCAACUCGAAUAGAGGUCGAGGGACCAGAACUCUUUUCGCUUGGGCGUACCUCCCAUUUGCUCAGGACGUGGUCAUUGACGUUCCGUUAUGGACGCAGUUUUGCUACAUUGUGGUUGUUCGUUCCUUCAACUCCUCAAAUUUUCUCAGAACUGGAAGAAGCUUGUAGUACAGACUCCCGUCUGAUGUCUCCACAAAACCUACUUCUUGCGAAGCGGUGGAUGCACCACUGCUCCACACAUCAUCCUAAAUGUAAUUCCACGGCGACCUUGCCUCUAUGGAUAAUCGAGAUUGCCAGUGAAGAUCAAUCUACCCGACUUGUUCGUGGAUCAGGAAGGGUAGCACAAUAUGCGACCCUGAGUUACAAAUGGGGUUCUACAGUAAGGUACAAGAUGACUUCUGCAAACCAAAGUGAUCUCCAACAGCAAAUACCGCUUGAUCAGAUGCCACGCACAUUCACUGAUGCGAUCAAAGUAACUCGGGAGCUCGGGUACUCAUACCUAUGGAUAGAUGCUCUAUGCAUAACGCAAGACUGUGCGAUUGAACUCCAGGAUCAAGUCGCCGCGAUGCAAGAUAUCUACUCGGGCUCCAGCCUUACGCUGUUCGCUGCAGCAGGCGAUGAAGCUGAUACUGGGUUGGACCACGAGCGAGGUCCUGGAGUUACACGUCCCAUCAAAGUUACCCUUCGGCUCGAACUUGAGCCCAACUCUGCCGACUACGAGACGGUGAUCUUCGUGAAACAGCCUUUUCAACCCCUCAGUCACCUACCUCUUUACUCUCGUGGCUGGGUAUUCCAAGAGCAGCUCCUAUCACGCCGGUCGCUCAUUUUCACAGCGUCCCAGAUCAAAUGGCAAUGCUUGGAUGAGUGUCUUUCAGAGACCUCGCCUCUUCCUGAACAACGGGGCCGCCCUGUACUAAUGGACUAUCUUAAACCACGGAACCUUCUUGAUGACGAGAGCAUAAUGAAUAUUCAGAAUUGGAUCCAUACAAACAGCAUGCUUUACCAACCAAUGUGGCUCUAUUACAGGGCCAUCGAACUAUAUAGCAGACGGCAACUGACGUUCAUAAGUGACAUCCUGCCUGCAAUCGCUGGUCUUGUAUCAGUCUACGAACAACGAUUGAAGAAGACUUUUGUCGAGGGCAUUUGCUUAGACGAACUCGAGGGUCUCCUGUGGACUGUUCGCACCAACUCGACAACUGCCGAGGCCAGACCAGUGCCAAAUCGACCAUCAUGGUCCUGGACGUCUCGGUUUGGGAGCGAGGUUGUAUUUCGUGCACCAGAUAAGCACGGCGCAACACCGUCGUCAUCCACGCACAUCCGUCUGCAACUAAAUGCUCUUCCGUCUUGUAUAAAACUUGAGGUGACGGCCUGGACACGAUGGGUAGAUCUCGCAAUUGAAAGUAGAGGUACGUACCAGGGAAUCCAAUACGGCAUCGACGCUCGAGACGAGAAGAGCUACACGGCUUUCGCGCGCCUAGACGACAGGGAGUGGAAUCGUAAAGAGUUCCGUGGAUGGAAGUCAAAGGACGGAGUCAUCUCACGCAGCAUGUUAUGCAUUCUAAUUAAACGGCAUCGAGGUUGCCAUUACAUACUGGCCAGGCCUCAUUCUGAACUCCCCGGCUGCUUUACUAAAGUUGGUACCGCUUUGGAACACACCAAUGAGCACCUCCCCAGCCUGAUCGGAAAUGCAGAAGCGCCUGAAGCGGUUUUGGAGGCCCAGCGAAGGACUGCCGACGGCCCCGACUAUACAAUCCAGUACCUCGUGUAGAGUACAGCGUUCCCUUCUUGUAUGGAAAGGGAAUUGGGAACACGUGUCUGACAAAUAGUAUUUUCCGAUCAAGAAGCAUUGGGUUAUGAUGUGCAUGUGCUGCGCUACCUGACAUGAGCGCAAUCCGAACGCCAUGGUUUAGGUGUUUCCAUAGACUGAAUAGACGCACGCAUUGUCGCCGUUUCAC